UAUAGUCUUAUUCAAAUAUAUUUAUUUUAUUUUUGUAUUUUUAAGUUUUUUAAAAAUUAAAAAAAAUCUUUAAACUUGAAUGAAAAAUAAGUCAGAAAGACGUCAGUCGAUUUGAGUUGAAUAACCCGGUAAAAAAAAAUAUUAAAAAAACAAAAUUAAUCAAUUGUGAAUGAAAUAUUGAAAAUGAAACUUUUAAAAACACUCACACGUGACAAAGAAUUAAUACGUCAGUGGCAAUAUCCAAGUGAUUCUUAAAUUUUGGCACGAGUUUCUAUAAAAAAAAAAUAAAAAUAUCCACACAUUGUUUUGUAUAUAUUAUUUUUAAUUCUACCGAGAAAAAAAAAAUAAAAAAAAACAUGGGGAUGAUUACGCGUGUUAGAGGAAGAGUAAGAGCAAAUUCAUUUGGUGUGGAUAAAGAAAGAACAGCUCAAAGUGUUUGCUUAUUAAGUGCAAUACUUUUAUUGCCUUAUUGUCCAAGGGGUCCUUUACCACUAUUACCUGCUCCAGCACCUGCUCUAUAUUCUUUUCUAGUAUUACCUGUUGUUUUAAGUGCUAACUAUAGAUAUCCUGUUGGAACUCUCAAGACUCUUAUUGAAACUACCAUUGCUGUUGCCAAGCACACAUGGAGUCCACUUAGUCGUUCAUUACUUUGUCUUUAUGGACCAAUUGAUCGUGCUGAAAAUUUAUUUCUUAAAAUGAAAAAUUUAUCAGUUAUGAUUAAUCAAUUGGUUUUUUUUAUUCUUGCUGAUAAAGUAUUGGUACCACCACAUCAACGUAUGACAUGUCUUUAUACAUUAAUGUUUUAUAAUGUCAUUGCAUAUUGCAUGGGAUAUAUUAAAGAGCUAAUUGAAAAAGAAGAUUGGACUCCUUAUGUAACAAUAACUGAAAGAUCAAGAAUAAAACAUCUUGCAAUGUCAGCAACGAAAAUUGUAUUAGAAUGGACAAAAGCUGUUACAUUUGCUAUAACUGUUACAUUUAUGUUACUUGUAUUUGGUCUUGAACAAGGACUACAAAAUUACAAACCAUCAAUUAUGUAUACGACAAUUACCUGGGGUUAUUAUUCAGCAACAGAAAAAAUAUUUGUCGAUAUGUUUUUACCAAUACUUAAUUAUUUUCAAAUUGAAGCACUUGAAAAUUUGGAAAAUCUUUAUGCACCUGUUAUACUACGUUGUUUUACCAUCAGUAUGUCAAUGAUAUUUACACUUAUACUAGUACCAAUAUCACCAUGGAAAUUUAUUCUUAUUGCUGGAUAUCUUAAUAUUUGGAUUAGAAUAAAAGAACUUGUUCAUUAUCAUGGUGCAGCAUUAAUUGCUGAACGUAAAAUAUUAAAUAAAUAUCGUAAAGCAACUGUUGAAGAAAUUGAUAAAUUUGAUGAUGUUUGUGCUGUUUGUUUAUUUGGAAUGAUUAAAGCAAGAAUAACACCUUGUCAUCAUCUAUUUCAUGCUGAUUGUCUUAGACAAUGUUUAAAAACCAGUGAUAAGUGUCCAAUGUGUAAACGUGAAUUAAAAUUUGAUUAAUUUAUUUUAUCUAAAACAAGAACAUACGUUUGUAUUAUUGAUAAUUCUAUUUUUUUUCUUGAAAAUAGUAUUUUGUUUUUUUAUCUUGGUACCAAAAUACUCAACUUAAAUCUAGUCACUUUUUUUUUUUUUUCUAAGACUAGGAUAAGUAGUA